AUGGCGAAACGGGACUGGCAGAACCGAAACGUGAAGAAGAAGAGGAAAAUUCUGGGGAAAAAAUGGCUGAAUGCUUCUCAUUGCCAAAGAGAGGUCGCAAGCUUAAGCCAACAGCUACAGCAUCUGCAAGAGUGCCACAGGCAAGUGAUGGGAGAACAACUCACUGGCCUCAGUGCCAAAAAUCUGCAAAAUCUAGAAAACCAACUGGAGAAGAGCCUAAAGAGUGUUCGGGCCAAAAAGAAGCAAAUUUUCUCUGACGAGAUAAAAGAGCUGAACUCAAAGGGAAACGCGAUACAUCAGGAAAACAUAGGGCUGCAAAAGAAGAUAAGUCUCCUCCAUCAGGAAAAUAAUGCAUUGAGAAAGAAGGUUUAUAAAGCAAGGGAUGUGAAUGAAGCUUACCAAUAUUCCUAUGAACCAUCAAAUAGGACCAUAGUACAUGACUUGUUUGCACCUUCAAACCUCCAGCCAAGCCAGCCACAACCUCAAAGUAAAGAAGCCUGUCUAGAAGCAACCAAUCUCGGGUAA